AUGGCAGCCAAAUGUUACCUUAACAUGAUCCCUUCAUCACUUCUCUUGUUCUUGUCCAUUUUAGUACUUGUUAGAGGUGUUUCUUUGCCUCCAAGAUCCUUUCAUGUCAUCAAGUACGGCGCAGUCGCCAACGGAAGAACGGACAGCACUCGUGCCUUUCUUAGAGCAUGGGAAGAUGCAUGUGCGUACAAUGGAAGAAGUAGGGUUACGAUCCCACAAGGGACAUAUUUGUUAGGAUCAGUGUCCUUUGAGGGUCCAUGCAAUGGUUCAAUGACCUUUCUGAUAAAAGGGACUCUAAGGGCUCCGACGGAUCCCGGGAAGUUCUUCACUGACACAUGGAUCGGCUUCCGGUACAUGGAGAACCUGACGGUGAAGGGCGGCGGAUACUUGGACGGCCAAGGGGCUGCUGCAUGGGAAUACAAUGACUGCCACAAGAAUCCUAACUGCAAGCCUCUUCCUGCUACACUGAGGUUCGAUUUCGUAAGAAACUCAAAGAUCCAGUACCUAAGAUCAAUCAACAGCAAGAACUCCCACAUCAACAUAUUUGCUUGCUACAACAUGGACAUCAGCUACAUCAGGCUGUCAGCACCAGCGAACAGCCCCAACACAGACGGCAUCCGCAUCGGCAGCUCAAGCAGAAUCAAGAUUUCACGGGCCGUCAUCAGCACAGGAGAUGACUGCAUAUCCAUGGUCUCUGGCAGCCAGAACAUCGACAUAUCCGACGUCUCUUGUGGGCCGGGUCAUGGGAUUAGCGUUGGGAGCCUGGGCAGAAGUCAUCAGCACGAAUAUGUCACAGGAAUAAGCGUGCGAAACUGCACGUUUAUAGGCUCAGAUAACGGCGUGAGGAUCAAAACAUGGGCUCCCUCCUUGUAUAGUCUGGCUUCAAACAUAACCUUUCAGGACAUUGCCAUGAUAAGUGUCCACAACCCUCUUGUUAUUGAUCAACAAUACUGCCCAUUAGCCCAGUGCCUAGAGGGUGAUUCGGCUGUGCAAAUAGAGAAUGUGAUAUUCAAGAACAUUUGGGGCAUCUCAAGUACACAAGUUGCGGUGAAUCUACAAUGCAGUGGGGCGCUGCCUUGCAAGAACGUCAAAAUCAUAAACAUCAACUUGGCGUACAAGGGCCGUGGGGGACAGGCGAAAGCCCUGUGUUCUCAUGUGUUGGGAUCUUCUUAUGGAAAACAGAUCCCUGCUGGCUGUUUCUAGCUGCUUUUCUUUUUGCUUCACUUGCAGUAACUACAGCUUUCACUAAAUCACUAACUUGAACUACAUAUACACCUUUAGUGCACAAAAUCCUGUGUUUCAAUUUGCACUAGUGGUGUAUUUUAGUUUACUCAAGGUGUAGAUAUGUUGGAGGAGCAAACGUUGCUCAUACGGUCUAGAAUCAGAAGAACGUU